AGGGGCUCUUGUGGGGAGCUAUACGUAAGGAAAAACACGUGCGUGAGUAGGUUUUGCAUACAUAAAUUGAAAGGCGAUUAUAAUAUGUUCUCGCGAUCUCUCGUUGUCGAUUGAUCUUAAGAUGUACAUUGGUACUUUGAGGAAAAAAAAAAAAAAAAAAAAAACAUGUUUCACAAUUGCCACACUACGCGCCUGUACAGCCAUGUGAUCGAGGCACACUUGAUAGUCGAGAAAGAAUUGCCCAUGUAUUUUAAAAAUAAAUUUUCUGUCCGACGAUCUCAGCCUCGGGGACAUGUUACGGAUACGCAAGUUGUCCGCGAACGGAGACACUGAACCGCAGCGAUGACCCGCCGAGCCGAUAAGAAGAAGAAACAGGCGCGCGCCCGAACGUUACUUCAUAUCCACUGCCCGAAAAACUCAGCCGAGCUCACAAUUAUACAAUUAUAUAGCCACCAAGACCGGUGAGCCCUCGAAUUAUCGUAUACGUAUAAUCAAUCAUGGUCGUACCGAUCGAGCUUUCAACUAGACUUUUCGGGAAAGGAGCUUGAAUUGGAUUGUCAGAGGUGGGUAUUAUAUCGAGAGGGAGAACAUGUGGCCGAGACCGACGAGGAUGCGACGCGCGUGGCCGGUGCUCGUUUUCGUGCUCCUGGCCGCGGGUGGCUUGCUACUGUUCGCCAAAAGUGGCCAGAACGAGGACCCGCGGUACGACCCGGCCCGUGAUUUCGUCCACCUGGAACUGUCGGAAGGGCAAAGGGAGUACAUCGACAAGCGGGGCGUGCACGUGGUCGUCGGACACUACGUCGGCAACUCCAUGGACUCGUUGCAAGUUCCGAACAUCACAAAAGAGCUGAUCAACAAAAAUAUGUUCGAUCCGCGCGCCUACGAGGGAACCAAUGGCUCACCGGUUCAGAUACCCGCGAAGGAUUUUCAGUUGAUGCAACAGUUGUUUCAAAUCAAUCGGUACAAUUUGUUGGCCAGCGACAGGAUACCGCUGAACCGAUCCCUACCGGAUGUCAGGAAGAAAAUGUGCACGUCGAGGUACGCGAAUUUAUCCGAUCUGCCGACCACGUCGGUCAUCAUUGUUUUUCACAACGAGGCGUGGAGCACCCUACUGCGCACCGUGCACAGCGUGAUCAACCGAUCGCCCAAGCGUUUGCUCAAGGAAAUCAUCCUCGUCGACGACAGCAGCGACAGAGAGUUCCUGAGAAGGCCGUUGGACAAGUACGUGGCGCUGCUGGAGGUACCGACGCGGGUGCUGAGAUCAGCCAAUCGGAUCGGCCUGGUUAACGCGAGACUGAUGGGCGCGAGUCAAGCCCGAGGGGACGUUUUGACUUUUUUGGACGCACACUGUGAGUGUACGGCUGGAUGGCUGGAGCCACUUUUGGAAGCAAUAUUUAAGAAUCGAACGAGAGUCGUGUCACCAGUGAUCGACAUCAUCAACGACGAUACCUUCAGCUACACUAGGUCCUUCGAGUUGCACUGGGGCGCGUUCAAUUGGGACCUACACUUUCGAUGGCUGAUGCUGAACGGCGCCCUUUUGCGCGAGCGCCGCGAGAACGCGGUCGACCCCUUUAAGACACCGGCGAUGGCCGGGGGCCUUUUUUCCAUGGAGCGCGACUACUUCUUCGAGCUGGGCAGCUACGACGAGCGCAUGAGGAUCUGGGGCGGUGAGAACCUCGAGCUGUCCUUUCGGGUCUGGCAGUGCGGGGGUAGCGUCGAGAUAGCCCCCUGCUCGCACGUCGGCCACAUAUUCCGCAAAUCCUCGCCCUACACCUUCCCCGGGGGCGUGGACGAUGUGCUCUACGGGAACCUGGCGAGGGUCGCUCUCGUCUGGAUGGACGACUGGGGCAAAUAUGGGCCACUCAUUGGAGCGAUCGAUGAGGGUACAAGUAGUGCAAGAUUCCUGGUAUUUACAGCCAAUACUGCCGAGGUUUUGACAUAUCAUCAAAAGAAGUUGAAACUUUCUUAUCCUCAAGAAGGAUGGGUUGAACAAGAUCCAAUGGAAAUAUUAGAAGCUGUUCAUGAAUGUCUCAAUCAAACUGUAGAAAAUUUAAAACAGCUGAUGAUUAAUCCAGCUGAUAUUGUUGCUAUUGGAAUCACGAACCAGAGAGAAACAACUAUUGUUUGGGAUAGUCAAACUGGAAAGCCGUUGUACAAUGCUAUUGUUUGGAUGGAUAUGAGAACCACCACAAUUAUUGAUGCAAUCUUGAAAAAAGUUAGGAAUCACAACAAAGAUUAUCUCAAAUCUCUUUGUGGCUUACCAAUAAGUCCUUAUUUUAGUGCAUUAAAGUUGAAAUGGCUCAUGGAAAAUGUACGUGAAAUUCAAGAGGCCAUCAAAGAUAAUCGAUGCAUGUUUGGAACUGUAGAUUCUUGGCUAAUAUGGAAUUUGACAGGUGGAGCUAAAGGAGGAGUCCACUGUACAGACGUAACAAAUGCUUCUAGAACAAUGCUAAUGAAUCUUGUUAGUUUGAAAUGGGAUCCAUAUUUGUUGUCUUUCUUUGAGAUUCCUGAAAGUCUGCUGCCGCAAAUUCGUAGUUCAUCUGAAAUCUAUGGCAACAUAGAUGAAGGAGUUUUACAGGGUAUUCCGAUAUCAGGGUGCUUGGGAGACCAACAAGCUGCUAUUGUUGGUCAAAUGUGCUUUCAGCAUGGCCAAGCCAAAAGUACUUAUGGAACUGGAUGUUUCCUUUUAUACAACACUGGAACUAAAAUUGUUGAAUCAGCUCAUGGUUUAUUGACAACAGUAGCAUAUCAGUUUGGGCCAAAUGCUGAUCCUGUUUAUGCAUUAGAAGGUUCUGUUGCUAUAGCUGGAGCUAUUGUCAGAUGGUUACAAGAAAAUCUUGAAGUGAUAUCUGAUGUGAAGGAAACUGAAACUAUUAUUGAAAAACUCAGUACAGAUAAUAGAAUUAUUUUUGUUCCCGCUUUUUCUGGUCUUUAUGCUCCUUAUUGGCGAAAAGAUGCUAGAAGUGUUAUCUGUGGUAUCACAGAAGAUAUUAAUUAUGGUCACAUUGUAAAAGCAGCACUCCAGUCAGUUUGUUUCCAAGUUCGUGAUAUUCUUGAAGCCAUGAAAGAAGACACUGGCAUGACUUUAACCAAAUUAUUGGUCGAUGGUGCUAUGACAAGUAAUAAUGCUCUUAUGCAGAUGCAAGCCGACAUUUGUGGCGUACCAGUAGUGAGACCUGUGAUGUGUGAAAUAACUGCGCUAGGAGUUGCAAUCGCAGCUGGCUCUGCAGAAGGAAUUAAAAAAUGGGAUAUUAACGUAGGUGCUAAUGUACCAAGUGAUACUUUUACUCCAGCAAUAUCGGAGAACGAACGUGAUAUACUUUAUUCUGAAUGGAAAAAAGGUAUUGAAAGAAGUCUUGAUUGGGAGACUGAGGUCGCUUCUGAGGACGAGGAGGACACCAAUAAGAUGACAGCACCAGGGUUAUUUAUGUUCAGCACCAUAUUGCUACUCAUUUACGCGAGGUUUCGAUUACGAAGCUAGCCUUGCUAUAAGAAAAAUAUGAAAAGCAAAGUAUUUUCUUGAACCGUUACCGAAUCGCAUAGCAGUUGUUUUCCGAAAUAUUGCAUUUAGUGCUUUGUUACAAAAAAAGUUUCCUACAGGAACCAAAAACCGAACAAUUAUUUGUUAAAAUAGAUUUAUAUAUUUGUAAAAACUUUUUUUCUACAGAAUAUUUACACAAGUACGUCUUAUGGUAAUGACAAGCUGUGCGGGAUUAUGUUAAUUUUUAACUUUGUUAUUUCAUAAAAAUAUUUUUACAUUGCGUACAUUAAAAACUCAAGUCUUCAAAAAAAGUCUUAGUUUCCUAUAUUCAGUACUUAAAAAGAAAUUUUUGUGAAAUAUAUGUCAGCAUUGUAUCAAAACAUCCUUUCAAGUAGCAUCCGAAAAUAGUGCUAGCAUAAUAGGCUUAUUGAUCUUUUUCUUUUAGCAUGUUAUCAAGGUGCUGAAACAUAUUAAUUACAAGGGAUGUUAAUAACCU